AUGGGGGGCCCCCUCUCCCUUCUUUAUCUUCCUCGUGGCCUAGAUCGCUUGAAGAGGCUCGCAGCCGCGUUGAAGCAGCAGCAGCAGCAGCAGAAACACCAGCAGCAGCAGCAGCAGCAGCAGGAGCAGCAGCAGCAGCAGCAGCAGUUCAUCCCUUUUGGGUAUCUCCCUAUCAACUGGCUGCCUGCCCCACCCCCUCUUUUGCUGUUGAGGGGCCCCAGGUGUUCUCUAUCAUACAGAGGACUAACAGCAACACUGCAGCAGCAGCAGCAGCAGCAGCAGCAGUUGCUGCUGCAUGCGUCUGUACAGAUAGAUGUGUAUAAGCCAGUGGAGCUGUGGGCCCUUCUCUCCUCCCUCGCCUUUCCUUUGCCUCCCCCCGAGAGACUCAGCAGCAGAAGAGCAGCGCCGCUGCUGCAGCAGCUCAGCCAGGACAGCAGCUGCAGCAGCAGCAGCAGCAGCAGCAGCAGCAGCAACGCAGCAGCUGCUGCGGCGUUGCUGCAGCAACUCGACCUCAGACCCCCCGCAACAAACGCCGCCAACAACCUCCUCUUCUACGGUGCUCCUGUCUCCGCCAUCAGCAGCAGCAGCAGCAGCAACAGCAGCAGCAGCAGCAGCAGCAGCAGCAGCAGCAGGAGAGGUGUUGCUGGUGAGCUGUCGUUGAUGGUGGGGGGCUCGCUGCUGCUCUUCUUUAAGGAGGGGCCCCCCUCGCGGCCAGAGGCAUACAGACACACCAUCACCGCCACCGUACACCCAGCAGCAGCAGCAGCAGCAGCAGCAGCAGCAGCAGCAGCAGCAGAGGAGGAGGAAGAAGCAGCAGCAGCAGUAGUAGCUGAGGCUGGGGGGCUGCUGCAGCGCGUCGUCUGUCUCCGGGCGGGGCCUUCUUCUCUACUUAUUUCUAUCAGCAGCAAAUAUACAUAUAAAGAUAACCACCAACAGUCGUAUAUAGAGGAGACAGUCUCCCUCCUUGUCUCUUGCCAGUACCCGCAGCUGCUGCAGCUGCGUGCAUUGCCUUCUUUAUCUCGUGCUGCAGCAGCAGCAGCUGCAGAAGCGUGCCUUCCUGUUGCUGCGUCGACUCUUGCUGCAGCAAAGCCAUGGCCUCUCGGGGAGCAGUGGGGUAAAGGAACAGCAGCAGCAGCAGCAGCAGCAGCAGCAGCAGCAGCAGCAGGAGCAGCAGCAGCAGAUGACGGGCUGUAUGUACAGUGCGGGGCGCAGCAUGCGUUUGCUGUUUUUGUUUUUGAUCGGCAGCUGAGGCCGCUGCUGGGGGCAGACACUCUAACCACCACCUGGAGGCUGCAGCAGCAGCAGCAGCAGCAGCAGCAGCAGCAGCAGCAGCAGCAGGAGGAGACGGCGGCGCUGCAGCAGCAGGGAGAAGCUCCGGUGCUGCAGGUCCUACCGUUGUCAUCAUCGUCAGCAGCAGCAGCAGCAGCAGCAGCAGGAGCAGCAGCAGCAGCAGCAGCAGAAGGCAGUGGUUACUCGGUGGGGUUGCUGUCUGUCUCCUCUUCUCUCUGCUGCGGCUCCUACAGCCUUGAGGUGUCUAUACAACCCCCAACAGAAAUAGCUGCUGCUGCAGCAGCAGCACUAACAAAGCAGCAGCAGCAGCUGCUGCAGCACUCUCAUCAUCGUCAGCAGCAGCAGCAGCAGCAGCAGGAGCAGCAGCAGCAGCAGAAGGUAGUGGUUACUCGUCUUGAGGUGUCUAUACAGCCCCCAACAGAAAUAGCUGCUGCUGCAGCAGCAGCACUAACAAAGCAGCAGCAGCAGCUGCUGCAGCAGUCGCUAGAACGGUGGAGAGAAGCAGCAGCAGCAGCAGCAGCAACAGCAGCAGCAGCAGCAGCAGGAACGCAGCAACUUCUACCCCUAUGGGCCCAUGGCCAGCUAGCUGACAGUUUGCUGCUGCUGCUGUCUCCUCCUCUCCGUCUGCUGCCUCUACCACUGCCCCUUCACGAUGCCUCAGCAGCAGCAGCAGCAGCAGCAGCAGCAGCAGCAGGGGCUCAGCAGCAGCAGCAGCAGCAGCAGCAGCAGGUGCAGGUUGUGCGCCUGCCUCUAUUCCCAGGGGUAGCGUCGCGUUUGCUGCUGCAGUUCGGCAGCCCCGACACAGAGGCGGUGCGGGUGCUGCGGCUGCAGCCUGUAGAAGCAGCAGCAGCAGCAGCAGCAGCAGCAGCAGGAACAGCAGCAGCAGCAGCAGCAGCAGGAGGUGUAGUAGCUCAUGGGGAGCUGCUGACGUCUCGGGAGAGUUUGCUGCUGCGGUGUCUUUCUCCUUCCGAAGCAGCAGCACGCCACGCAGCUUUACUAGCUGGUGACUCUCCAGCAGCAGCAGCAGCAGCAGCAGCAGCAGCAGCAGCAGCGGGAACAGCAGCAGAUGCUGCAUGCAUGGGUGUGAGCUCGUCUGUCUCCUCUCUUUGGGGUUUAUCUCUGUCUCCUCCCUUCUCUUUCGGUCGGCCCCCCUUUACUGCUGUUUGCCCGCUUACAGCCCGGGAGCUCUUCUUGCUGCCUCCUGCUGCAC